GGCUUCAGCUGCAGCUCAGAACUCAUCACCCACCAACGCAUCCACACUGGGGAGAAGCCCUACGAGUGUCCCCAGUGUCAGAAGAGGUUUCACGCCAGCUCCAGUCUCCGCCUUCACGAGCGAAUUCACUCAGAGGAGAGGCCCUUCCGCUGCCCUGACUGUGGGAAGGGCUUCAAGCAGAAAUCCCACCUGAUCAGGCACAAGCUCAUCCACACUGGGGAGAGGCCCCAUGAGUGCCCCAGUUGUCAGAAGAGGUUUCAGACCCGCUUCCAUCUCCUCCAGCACCAGCGGAGUCACACGGAUGAGAGGCCCUUCCUCUGCUCCGACUGCGGGAAGGCCUUCAAGGACAACUUCACCCUCAUCAUCCACCAGCGCAUCCACACUGGGGAGAGGCCCUACGAGUGUCCCCAGUGUGGCAAGAGCUUCACCAGCAGCUCUGACUUGAGCAGACACCAACGCACCCACCAGUAA